CAUUUUGUCUAAAUCGAAAAUUUUGGAACAAAAAAAAAUGAUAAACAAAAAGAUAAAACACAAAGAAAAGAAUGUUUUUUUUGUUUCAUGUAUAGACAGAUGGUUUUCAUAGUUUUACAUGCGGAAAUAAAUGAUAGCUUUAUAUUAUUUAUGCAAGGGUCGUAGAAGGUCCAAGAAUAUUUACAUUGCUUCGAGGAAGGUACUUCAAACCAGUUUAGCUAUGGAAAAAGUCGAGGAAUUUGAAACAGCAAUGCUUAUAGUCAUCGUGGUACUGAUCGUCUUCGCCACGAUUUUUAACCUGGUUAUCAUUACGGCUUUAACAAGAAGCUACCAUCGAAGAAAAUAUCGCGAUUACAUUUUAAUAUCGGCUUCUUUUUGUGAUUUGACCAGAAUUCUUCUUGUUGGUUCACUCGAAGUUCGUGGUUUAUCUGAUCAUGAAUUUUUACACGGACGAGGACUGUGCAUUUCAGAAGCAUUUUUUAUGUAUUUUUUUGAGUUUUCUUCCAUUUGUCAUAUCUUUGCGUUGGCAAUUGAUAGAUAUCUAUGCAGUAUCAAACAAAAUUAUGCACUUGUGCUUUACACAAAAACAUUAUACAUUCCACUCAGUUUAUUUCUGAUUUACGGUUAUGCGUUCCUGUGGUCUGUUUUACCAGUAUUCGGUUUGGGGAGGUAUGACAAACAGAGUGGGAAUGUUCAAUGUGGGUUAGUUCCGUAUAAAAAUUCAUUGGGUAAAAUAUACAUGACUCUGGUUUUAACUUUCGUCUUUGUGUUGCCUAUUUCAAUAAUUUGCUUUACAGCACUUAAGAUUAUGAAACAUAUUAGAACGAACUUCAACAGCAGAGUGUCGUGUAUAUCUAGAGCUUCCACCAAAAGUAUAUCACAAGUCGACUACAUCACAGAGGAUAUAGUCCAAGUACGUCUAGUAAUAGCAACAACUAUUACAUUUGUUUUGACGUGGUUACCUUAUGACGUGAUAUUAGCACAUGAAGUUUACAAGGGUGAAAGUGCUAACGAAUACGUGGAAGUGACAAUGACAGUCAUUGGUCAAACAUCUGCGUUAAUUAUGCCGCUUAUUUAUAUCGUCCUUUACAAAGAUUUGAGAAGAACUAUUCGCACAAUGAAGAGGAAAGCAAACAACUUUUUUGGCGACCAUGAAUAAUGCUUAUUAAAUGCAAAACUACAAUGUUGAUAAAAGUGUGUAGUCAGUUUUAAACUUCGUAAUGUUUUGACAAAACAUUUUUGAAACACUGCCACUGUAUAAAGUUCGUAAUUAAAUGACAGCACAAUAAGAUUUUAUUCUUUGGAUAGGAACGCUACAAACAUCAUUCGUAUAUUUAAGCAUGUGAAUCUGUAUAUCCUCAUUUCAUAACACCAAUGCAAAUAACGUUAUUCUUGUACAAGAUAUUCCAGAAAAGAAAAUAUGCGAAAAGAUGUGUACACCGCUAAUAAGAUACUCAUCUUUAAGACCAAAAUCUUUACUUUUUUAUUUCGCGAUGGGUCCUCAAAUUUUUGAGCACUGCUUUUACUGUGUAUUCUUUUAGUGAGUAAUGACCAAACGUGCAUGGAUCGUGCUAAUACGAAAUUUUUAAGAUACAAAUAACAAAUGCGAUAUAUUCAUACUGACUUUGUUGUGAUCGCGUAAUAAACCAAUCACGAGCCAUGAUUUUUUUUUAAUAAUCAAUUUUCAAUUUUUUGCAGCCUGAACAUGCUGACAAAGAAAGAUGAGAGCUAGGGUUGCAACGACCAUUUUUGAUGUUGUGGUGUUGAGAAUUGCUUGUCUCUUUUUGUUGACCUUUUUUGUCCUCUAAAAGUUUUCUAUUUCUUUAAUAUUUGUUUUUUAUAUAUUUUUACAUGUUAAGUUUUUUAGCCAUGUAUGAAUGUUAACCAAAUCAAAAAUUAAGAUUUGUCUACAAAGAUCUCCUAAAACGUUGCCUACAUUUUAUUAAACCUGCUUGUUUUUAUUAAAAAAU